AUGGCGUCCGACGAAGAAGAUAUUGAUAUAGAAAUAAACGACUAUGAAAAUUGUGAAGCAGAAAAUAUUCUGAGUCGUCUUCCUCCUUUUCCUGACGAAUAUGUCGAUGAAAUUAUUGGCAAAGAAUUAUUUGAUAAAUGUUUUCAACGCCGAUACAAUGCAUGUCCAUCAUUUUAUCCCGGUUUUCUUCAAGAGGCAUGUCAAACAGCUUUUGAUUCAUUGAUCAUUGAUGAACGUCGUCCAGUACUCGUUUAUAUUCAUAAUGACAAUAGUCUGUUUACCGAUGUAUUCUGUGCGAAUGUACUCUGUUCAGAGAAAGUUAUUGAUUAUUUACUAGAUAAUUAUUUUCUUUGGCCAUGGGAUGUUACAUUAAAUAUCAAUAAGAAAACAUUAGAAAAUAUUUGGAAGGAUAUAUUUCCUACAAAUUCAUUUAUGUUUUUACUCAGUGACGAAUAUCCUCUUCUUAUUGGUAUCACGCGCUCAUUUGUUGGUGAAAUAGAGGGUCCUCUUCGAUCUGAAUAUAAAUUUGAGAUAAUAUUUCGAAAGGGUAAGUUAUGCCAUGUCGAAGACGGACAACCUCGAGACGCUUUAUUGAAAGAAUUAAAAACAUUUAAAGAAGAAUGCAUUGCAAAUGAACGUACUUUGUCAACUUACAAUAAUUUUAAAACAUUAUUUGAUCUAGUCCCGAAUUCCUUAGAUGAAAUAAUGAAAUAUGUUUACUUAAAUGAUAUAAUUAAUGCAUUUACUCUAAAUAUUUUGUCUGAGAUAUGUAAAAAACGAAUAAACGUACAUUUAUACCAACCUAAUGCUGAAUUUAUCGAGAAAAUUCUUGGAAAACUUCAACCUACACAAAUUGUUUCUUUAUAUAUUAAUAAUUUAUCAAUGUACUCAGAAGAUGAACUUGUUUGUUUUACUAGUUACACAAGACUUACUUCAUUAACUUUACUAAACGAUCAAACUCAAUAUUAUGAUCGAAAUAUGAAGAUGUACUUUCCAAAUCUACUUCGACUUUCUUUUUGCUAUGACUAUCCAAUAUGUCCAAGAAAACUGUAUGAUGUUUGGCACUAUACUUUGUCAAAUAUUACUCGAUUAGAGAUUCGCUGUCCAGAUUUAUUUUACAAUAAUACUUUUGUACCUUAUUAUGAACAAAAUUAUUCAAUUCAGUAUCUUUUGCUCGAUGUAAGUCAUUAUCCAUUUGUUUCAACAAAUGAAUAUUCACAAGGUGAUUCCCGAUGUUUUUUGGAAAUAAUAAUCGAUUUCAUCAAGGCUGUGACAGAUAUUAGAUAUCUCCAAAUUAUUACUCAUAGAGAUAAUGUGGAAAACCUUCGAAAUAUAGUUUUAUGGACAGAUACAAUGCGUUUGUGUUCUCAAUUAAAGAAAAUUACAGUAUUUGCAUCGGCAGAUUUAGGACAUAAUGAUAAACAAAAAGCAUGGCAAAUUGAACGAUCACAAAUAACAUUUUUUAGCGAAGAAGAAAGUACUUCUUUGCAAUCGGUAUCUAGCGAAAAUGAUUAUUAA